AAUCAAUGCUGUUCUAAAGAUUCCUACAGCUGUUUCACAUUCUCUCUGCAAGAUUGUUACCGAUAAAAAACACUUCAGGGUCACUGCCUCCUUUUUUCCAUUAUUUUCCGCUGAAAUCUCUAUCAUAAAACAUUCCACCAAAGGCACGUGCAAGUCAGAGGAAAUAAUGAAAAAUGUCCUGCUCUGCAACUAUUUGCAAACCACGCUGCCUGCUGCCACAAGAUACUGUAAUGAUGGCUUUGUGUUUGCUUGUUAUGUUUUUUUAGUACAAAACAAGGACCAGCUAACCACAUCUCAGUUUUAUUGAUUUUUUAUGAUGUAAAUGACAUCAUCUAAAAAAAAGGCAAAGGAGCUGGUAUUGUUGAAUGUCUACACUAUGCCGAGGAGAUGGAAAGUUCUCACAACUCUCCUGAUCGCUUUGCCAUGGGCCAUCCUUUUGACAAUCUGGCACCAACAUCUGGCAACACAUUACCUCACCUUCCUAAAAAAGGAAACAGAUGAGAAUGCAACAAAUAAAAGUGUCAUCCUAAGCAUAACACAAACCAAAGAAGAAUCUCUUCCAUGCAUCUCUCUGCAAGCAAAUCCUGCAGUUCAACAAUAUAAGGAGAAAUAUGUUUACACCAGGCCUCCUCCAUGGUCAGAAACACUGCCUACAAUUUUUGUAAUAACACCUACUUAUACGCGUUCUGUUCAGAAAGCUGAGCUUACUCGACUUGCAAACACUUUCCUUCACAUCCAGAACUUGCAUUGGAUCAUAGUGGAAGAUUCUCCAAGGAAGACAAAUCUUGUAGCCAAGCUGCUGGACAGCUCAGGACUCAGCUUCACUCAUUUAAAUAUUCAGAGCCCAAAGACCAUCAGACAGGGAUCAAAAGCUCCACGAGGAACACUACAGAGGAACCAAGGCCUGCAAUGGCUGAGGCAGCAAUACAACAGUAAUUCUGUCGAAGGGGUUGUCUAUUUUGCUGAUGAUGAUAACACAUACAGCUUGGAAGUUUUUGAUGAGUUGCGGUACACAAAGAAGGUUUCAGUGUGGCCAGUCGCAUUUGUAGGAGGUCUGAGAUAUGAAGCACCAAAACUUAGCACUACUGGAAGAGUAGUUGGUUGGAAGACAGUAUUUGAUCCAAAAAGACCGUUUGCUGUUGAUAUGGCUGGGUUUGCUGUUAAUAUUCAAUUAAUACUGCAGAAGCCUAAUGCCAUUUUCAGGCUUGAAGGAGUGAAAGGCGGCUAUCAGGAGACCAGCCUGUUAAAAGAUCUGGUAAUCAUGGAAGAACUUGAGCCAAAGGCAGCAAACUGCACUAAGAAAUCGCCUAACACAAGCUUCUUGAAAUAUGUGAUUCUAUGAGAUUUAUGAAACAUGGGAAGUGGGGACAUGAAAUCAGCUGUGAAGAAGGUAUGAACUGAAAUGCCUGCUGCUAAUAGCUUACUUAUAAUGGUGGGACAACUCCCCUUUCAGCAAAAGUGUUCAAAGUAAACAGUAAAAAAGAAGGACGCUUAUCACAAGGUCACAGGGAAGUCAUUGUUGUCAGCACAGAAGUUAUGCUGAGUUUUGGGCUACCUUUUCAUGUGCAAAGGCAAAGCCAGCAAUACCCUCAGAGUCAACUCUCUUACAAACAGAUCUACUGUCUGUGAUGCCGUCACUGUUUUUGAGCUCAUCAUAAAUGUACAACAUUCCGGAAUUAUAUCAUCCUUGGGAUCUGCAUUGACAUGCCAUAUUCCAUAAAGUACAACAUUCCAGAAUGACAGCAGCCUGGGGAUCUGUGGAGACAUGCCAUAUUCCAUAAAGUACAACAUUCCAGAAUGACAGCAGCCUGGGGAUCUGUGGAGACAUGCCAUAUUCCAUAAAGUACAACAUUUCAGAAUGACAGCAGCCUGGGGAUCUGUGGAGACAUGCCAUAUUCCAUAAAGUACAACAUUCCAGUAUGACAACAGAAUGGGGAGCUGUGGAGACAUGCCGUAUUCCACAAAGUACAACAUUCCAGAAUGACAGCAGCCUAGGGAUCUGAGGAGACAUGCCGUAUUCCAUAAAGUACAACAUUCCAGAAUGACAGCAGCCUGGGGAUCUGAGGAGACAUGCCGUAUUCCAUAAAGUACAACAUUCCAGAAUGACAGCAGCCUGGGGAUCUGAGGAGACAUGCCAUAUUCCAUAAAGUACAACAUUCCAGAAUGACAGCAGCCUGAGGAUCUGUGGAGACAUGCCAUAUUCCAUAAAAUACAACAUUCCAGCAUGACAAUAGCCUGGGGAUAUGCAGAGACAUGGCAUAUUCCAUGAUCUUCUUGAGUUUCAGUCACUUCUGCAUCUUUCAGAUAAUGUGAUCAUAGCAAACAACCUAUUCAUAUUGUAGAUAAAUGUGAUUUUGCACUUUAGUAGGAGUAUCUACAAUGUUGGUAUAAGUAUUUCAGAGAAGUGCACAAUAGAUCUAUAAGAUCAGAUAUACUGAAAGCCAUUGAAAACAAUUCUGAUAACAAAUGACUGAGAUGUGCACUUUGGCAAGACUGUGGUUUUUUGCCUUACUUAUUAUACAACAGCAAUUAUGUCAUGGAACUCUAAUGUCAGGUGAUACUAAAUCGAACUUGACAACUAGGGUAAUGACUGUCACAAGCUCCCUAAAAUGGCAUCUGCCUUGAUUAUAGAUAAUCGCACAGCAUAUUUAAAUACCAUUAUGUCUGGGUUACCAAAGUCUGUACGGAAUCCUCUCUCCUCCUUUCCAAGUCCUGGUGUUUCACAUCAGAUUUAGACUAUUUAAUUUAGAUGCUGGUCUUGUUUAAAUGCACUUUACAGCUUCAGUGGCAUUAUUUCACAAGUGUAUAUUUCUAAAAACAUGUAAUAGGAUAUGAUUCUGACUCUUACCAAGUUAUAGCUUCUCAUCCAGCCAGCCACUGUCUAACAAAUAAUGACGGAGACAUUGACUGCUGCCAGCUAGCAUUGUCCUCACAUUUAACAAUGAAUAAAUAGUGUGUUAUAAUGGCUACACUUUCAGAGCAUAGUGCAAAACUCAAGCAACAAUUAACGUAAGAAAAAUAUUGUACAGAUAAUGUUUCUUGUGUCAGACAUAACUGGGGAGGAUGAUUUGAUGAUAAUAAAUAAGGACAAUGUGAUGGAA